AUGUAGUAAAAUAAAAAAAAAUGCUACAGAGCAACAUUUGCUCUUGUUUGGCUGAGAAGACACAAUGUCUGUGUGUGCGCCUGCAUUGUGUCUGCGCUCGCUGGGUGGGACCACAACACUUCUCCGGAUUUAACGUGACGCUCGCUUUCAAAGUCACCUCACGAGGACAAGGAGCACUACAGCGGCACGAUGCAGCGCAAGGAAACCCAGUUCAAAAAGUGGUCAUCUCUACGCACCCAAGAGGCAAACACAGAUGACAUCCGUCUCAACUGGGGCUAAAGCCGCGGAAAAGGGUCCCCAGUAGAACCCAAUCGAGUGUAAUAUGGACACGACCACCAUGUGCGUGGACCACGUAGUCGUCAGCGAUCAGAUAAAUGAAACGAAGGCCAUGGUCUCAAAUUUUUUGAGGGCAACACCAGAGAUUGGCGAGCUUUAUCUCGUCAGCCUCUUCCUCUCCAGCAUCUACAUCAUCUUCCUGUUCCCGGUGGGCUUCCUCGGCAACAUCCUGAUCCUAGUGGUGAACCUGAGCCACACGGGCCACUUGACAGGCCCGGACCUCUACUUUGUGAACCUGGCGGCGGCCGACAUCUUGCUCGUGGUCGACUCCCUGAUCGAGGUGUUGAACCUCAGGCAGGGCUACUACAACAAGCCCGGCCUCUGCACCUUAAUGAAGCUGUUCCAGCAGGUCAACAUGUACAGCAGUGUCUUCUUCCUAACGUGGAUGAGCCUCGACCGCUUCGUUGCCCUGACGGGCUCAAUCGGGCGCAGGAUGCCGCACCCGCGCCUCAGCUGCUGCAUCAUCUGGGUGUGCUCGUCUUUGCUCACCGUGCUUCCUUUCGCUGCAGCGCAGCGGCAGCACGUCGGAGAACUCCACUUCUGCUUCGCAAACGUCAAGCAGAUUCAGUGGCUGGAGGUCAUGCUGGGCUUCGUGCUGCCCUUCUGCAUCCUGGGCGUGUGCUACUCCCAAAUAGCACGGGUGCUCCGGCGGAGCCAGAGGGGCCGAGACGGCCAUCGGCAGCUGCCUGGCAGGCAGAAAGCCCUGCGGAUGAUCUCGGCGGCCGUGCUGGUCUUCUUCCUCUGCUGGCUCCCGGAGAAUGUGUUUGUGAGUUUUCACCUCUUAAGAGGUGGCACGAGCCACGCCAGCGUGUGGCAGGACUACCCCUUGACAGGCCACGCCGUCAGGCUGGGCGCCUUUUCGAACAGUUGCCUGAACCCGCUCAUCUACAGCUUCCUUGGGGAAACUUUUCAGGAGAAACUGAGGACCAGGUGGAGCAAGCCGCACAUGUCAGCCUCCAGGAAAUCCAUCUAUGUACCGGCUGCAAACACAGAGGGCCAUGCAGAAUGCCACCGACAGAGCUAGACCGCACAUUAUAGCCUCACCAUCCGUACCUCACUU